UCAUAUGACAGUCACGUGCACUAAGAGUGCUUAUCCGCUUAUCACAUGAGUGGGUUGGCCCAGCUGAUUGCCAUCAUCGUAACAAGGUAGACGUGGUAUUAAUCAACAUGCAAAAACUGGCAUUUGUUGUCGUGGUAGUUUUGGCGUGCCUUCAUGCAUCGGCUGGUUACGUACCUAGAUUCCUCAAUGGAAGACCGAGAGGGGGAAUGGUGGGUCGUCCGGCGUCCAAACGACUCUCCACAGACCCCCUCCCACCCGAUAUGUGGAUGGAGCAGACAUUAGACCACUUCAACGAUGCCAACACACAGACAUGGCAGCAGAGAUACUUUGUGAAUGAGAAGUACUUCAAGCCGGGUGGCCCUGUGUUCCUGAUGAUCGGUGGGGAGGGCACUGCAGACCCCAUAUGGAUGGUGGACGGAAUGUGGGUGGAGUAUGCCAAGAACUUCAACGCCAUGUGCUUCCAGCUGGAGCAUCGCUUCUACGGCAAGAGUCAUCCUACACCAGACAUCAGUGAUGACAGUCUGCAGUAUUUGAGCAGUGAGCAGGCUCUGGCUGAUUUGGCAGCUUUCAUUCAAUUUGCCAAGAGCAAGUUCAACCUAGAUGACAACAAAUGGAUUUCAUUUGGAGGAUCUUAUCCAGGGUCGCUGUCGGGUUGGCUGAGGAUGAAAUACCCACAUCUUAUCUCCGGUGCUGUAGCAACAAGUGCACCUGUGUUGGCUCAACUCAACUUUGUGAACUACCUGGGCGUGGUGCGGGACUCGCUGGCGACGACGGGGCCCGACUGUAACAAGAACAUCCUGGAGGCCACUGUGGAGGUGGAGCUGAGGCUGCAGACACAGCCGGGCAGGGACGAGCUCAAGAAACUCUUCAAUCUGUGUGAUGACAUCGACGUUGGAAACGCCAACGAUGUAGCUAACCUGUACCAGACCCUGGCCGGCAACUUUGAAGGUGUCGUGCAGUACAACAAGGACAACAGGGCAUUUGAGGGGGGAGCGGGGGCCAACAUCACGGUGGACACACUGUGUGGCUUGAUGACUGACUCCUCCAUCACUCCCAUCGAGCGCUACGCCAAGGUCAACAACCUCCUCAUGACCACAUAUGAACAGAAGUGUGUCGACUUUGUCUACUCCAAGAUGAUUGAUGGCUUGAAGAUGACUGACUGGAACAGCAGUGCUUCAGAGGGAGGUCGCCAGUGGACUUACCAGACCUGUACAGAGUUUGGCUUCUUCCAGUCUUCAGAUUUAGACGAUCAGCCCUUUGGCCACAACUUCCCUGUCAGCUUCUCAGUGCAACAGUGUAUGGACAUCUUCGGGUCCAAGUUCAAUGCUGACCUGAUACAGCAUGGCAUCAACCGCACCAACACCAACUACGGAGCCUAUGGAAUCAAAAUUACUAAAGUUGUCUUCCCGAAUGGUUCCAUCGACCCUUGGCACGCUCUUGGAAUCACAGAAGACCUGGGACCCGAUGCCACUGCAGUCUUUAUAAACGGAACUGCUCAUUGUGCCAACAUGUACCCUCCAACCGACACCGACCUGCCAGAACUGGUUCAAGCCAGAGCGACAAUACAGAAGCUGAUUGGUCAAUGGCUCUCAUAGACACCUCAAUGAAUAACGACAUAUUUAAAUAUUCCUUCAUUCCAAUUGCUCAAAGUAUGAUUGCUAAGACCUGAUUCCUUCAUUUGUAUAAUUGACUAUUGUUAGAUUUACCGUAAUGGAAUUUGAAAGCAGGUAAUUAUAUCUAAAUUGUCUUAUAAAGCAUGUUAAGAGAGACAUGAUUAUGCCAAUCAGUGAAUAAAACUGAGAUGUUAAAAGUGGUGCCUGCACUGAAAAUAUCAGAGGCCUUGGCAGCAAGGGCCAUUCAUGUUAUCUACCAGCGACACAAACUGUGAUAUUGUGAUAAGAAAAAAAUCAAACGAGGAAAAGAAUAAUUUUUCUUUUAAUUCUUUAUGAGAUACUUUAAUUGAUAAAAGAAAGCAAGGUUUUUAAAUAUAUUGUGGAUUUUAAAAAAAUGUCAUUAUAUUUUGUGUUGGUAGAUAGACCACAGACCCCCAAAAUGAAAUGAUUGUUCUCUUAGUGCUGUAAUAAUAAUCAUAAUAAUAAUCAUAAUAAUAAGUGGUAUAAAAUGGUUCUACUCAAGAGUAUAAUUUCAACAAAACUAGAACAGAAUAUUACCCUGGAUUAUCUAGAGUUUCUUUCAAUAGUUGAAGUUACAUCACAUAAUUGAAGUACGAGGAUAUGAAACAUGAUUGAUUGUUUAUUUCUCCACAUAGCACUUAUUAUUAUGAUGAUGAUGAUAGAGACAAAAUACCCUGGAUAGUCAGUGAUGAGCUCAGGGUCGCAUCAUCACAUUCAUAUGCAUUUUGUCAUGAAGGCUUUUCAACUGUUUUAACUAUCAUCAGUGAUAGAAGUUUAACUGAAAUAAAGUUUUUAGACAGAAACUCAAGAAUUUGGAUCUACAUUCGUGGGGAUUCUGGGUUGGAAUAAAGAUCCCCCAGCAACCCAGGUUUUUCUUAAGAGGCAAUCCUCAGCAACCUGUGUUUGUCUUAAGAGGUGACUUGAUGCAUUGGGUGGUCAGUCUUGUGACUUACUUACAUGUCAGCGUAUCCAAAUUGCUUGAAUUGAUGCUCAUAAUAUCAGUCAGUGGAGUAUCUGGUCCAGACUUGAUUGUUUACAGACUGCUGUCAUUUAACUGGAAUAUUUGCAGAGUGGGGCAUUAACCAACAAAAAAACAAACCUACACUAGUUUGUUUGUUAGUAGUUCUUUUUAGCCAUUGCUCUUCCAGCCCAGAGAUUGUGUAAGUUAAAUGUAUAUUUUAGUCCUGGCUGGACGAGUGAUUUUAUAUCUUUAAGUUGAUAUGAUGACAGUCUUUUAAAGAAGCGUACUAUUUUUGUACAGUAUUUUUAAUAAAUUUUCAUUUGUUUUAA